AUGGUUCAAUAUCGCGACCACGACGACGAUCCUGCCUCUGAGACCCUUCCCCUGACGGACGAAGAGACGGCAACCGGUGCCCAGAGUCCAGAGUUGCACAUCCAAUCGACCCCCGAUUCUCCGACCACGACCGCGCUCCCGCUCCCGGUGUGGCUACGGGAAUCCGCCAGUUCCUUCAAGUUCAAAUGGGUGCCGUUGCCUCUCCGCAAAGCAGGCAGGACCGUCGCAACAUGGGUCAAGGGUCCAGUUCCGCCCCGUGUCCUCAAGAUAGAGCCAAUAUACCCCAAGAUUCAGCAAGCACCGAUUAGGCUGCUGGAUAAAUAUGCGCCGAAGAAAAAGCAGCGAGUCAUCCUUCUCGUGGGGCUAUACGUGUGCUGGUUUUUAACCUGGUCGCUCAUGCUCAAAAGUCACUCAACCUCUGGAUUCAUCAAGGGAUACGGCAAGCCCAGCAACCUGUGGUGCGGCGCGAGCUUUUGGAACGAAGGCAACGGAUGCGGAUUGAACGGGAACAUGUGUCGGCCUUUCUCUUCGGCGCAUUUGACCUUCCGCUGUCCCGCGAACUGCAUGGGCACUCAUCUGCUCGAAGAACAUAUGGUCGGGAAUCAAUCGUUGCGAUAUCAAGGGUUGGUCGUCGGUGGCCCCAAACCGGGCGAACCCGACUCCAUGCCAGUCUACCGAGCCGACAGUUUCAUCUGCCAGGCGGCCAUCCAUGCUGGCAUCGUGACGGAGGGCAAAGGCGGUUGCGGAGUAGCCACACUCAUCGGGUCUCACACCAACUUCCCAUCCACCAAGGCUAAUGGGAUUGAAAGUACGAGCUUCGUAGGGACGUUUCCCCGAGCCUUCACCUUCCAACACCUCUCGCCCACCCAGGCCACCUGUCCGACAGAUUCGCGAUGGCCUCUUUUUGUGGUGACGGCCGUCGCACUGGUUGUCCUCUCUGUCUUCACCACAUCCCCCGCCGUCUUCUUCUUCAGCACCUUUGUGAUCAUGUUUUUGCACGUCGGUCUGGUCUCAGAUCCACCCAAUACCGCCAACUUCUAUGAGGCCAUCAGCAAACUCGUGGAACGUCUUCUUCCCGCGGCGUUUAUCGUCGUCAUCCUCUAUCGCGUCGCCGCUCUGCCGCUGCUACGCGGCUUGACUGCUCAGGUCGAGAAAACAGUGCUCUACCUGGGAUUCUGUUUCAUCGGCGCGUUGAACAACUAUACAUUCGCCCCGCUCAUUCCCAUAGAACGACUGACGCCACGCGACCUGGCACAACCCGGCGCACCCUUCGCCCUCGCGCUCAUUGUCACCAUCAUCCUGGCCAUUGUCAUUUCGCAAAUUCACUUUAUCCGCAUUUCGGGCAACAUGCCCAAAUACCUCGCCAUCUACGGUGCCAUGGCUCUGGCGCUGAUCAUCUUCCUCGUGCUCCCCAACCUCCGACUGAGGAUCCAUCACUACAUCUUGGCGAUGCUGUUCAUGCCCGGAACGUUCACGCAGACCCGGGCCUGUCUGGCCUACCAGGGGCUUUUACUGGGACUGUUUGUGAACGGGAUCGCCCGCUGGGGUUUCGCAUCUAUCAUCCAAACACCCGCGGCGUUGGGCGAAGCGAACUCGGGUGGCGGCAGCGGCUCGCCGGGGUCAUGGUGGGGGGCGAAAUCGCCCAACGUGACGGCCGUCGUGGCGCCAGACAUCUCCAACAUCACAUUCAACUGGGGACCCUUACCUAAAGACAGCGGGGUGGAUGGGGUGAGCAUCUUGAUCAACGACGUCGAGCGCUGGCGCGGAUACACGGACGAGGAGCUCUUCUGGGACCCAGAAAGCGUUACAUUGCCACGACGGCACGAACGGGGCGACACGGACGACGCCCUGGAACCCGAGUUCUUCCGGUUCGCCUGGAUGAGCGGGUCGCAGACGGGGCUGUACUCGCGCGUCGGACUGUGGGACGAGCACGGCCAGUGGCACGGGCCGGAUGCCGGCACGACGAAGAACAUGGUUGUCGGGGACGAUGACGCCGAGGUGAGGAAUUAUGGGGGCAAGUUCGAUGUUGUUGACGAGGCGGGCGCUGCAGAGAAACAAGACGCAGAGGAGUUAUAG